GAAAAGUCCCUACCUGAGCUUGGUAGGUUAAGGCUGUUUGGGCUUUAUGAUGAGAAAUUGCCCUCUAGUCACCACAACGAGUAAACACUGCUUUGUAGUAUAAAGAUAUCUUACUAAAUGGGUGGUAUAUAUAGAUGAAGAAAAGUUUCGGCGAAAACGGACACGAUUUGGAUUUCGGGAGCGUACUGAUAGUGUUUCUGUUAUACUGUGAACUGGAUCGUGUUAUUCAAUAAGUUGGAUAAAACAGUCUGCCUUAAAACUUCAUCAUGAAGAACUCGGCAUAUGAAAUGAAUGAAAAGAAUGGAAACGAAAGGGAUUCCAGUUACUACAACGGAAGUCAAGUAACGGAGUCAAGUGGUGACCUCACAGGUUCCGGUGAACCGGAAGAAGAUCGUGGAGAAUGGGGAAGCAAAUGGGAGUUCAUCCUUUCCUGUAUUGGUCUUUCCGUCGGACUCGGAAAUGUUUGGAGGUUCCCGUACCUCGCGUACGACAAUGGCGGAGCUGCCUUUGUGAUCGCCUAUUUGGUACUCCAGUUCCUUAUCGGCAAACCUAUGUAUUUUAUGGAGCUUGUGAUGGGGCAAUAUUCUGGCAAGGGACCAACAGCCGUCUGGAACAUGAAUCCUUGCGCCAAAGGUAUCGGUAUAGCCAUGGCCUUGAUUUCCCUGGUGGUAGCCAUUUACUACAACGUUAUCAUGGCCUAUACACUGUUCUAUUUCUUCUCCUCAAUGCAAAAGACCUUGCCAUGGACCGUCUGCAAACCGGAAUGGCUACCGGAAGGAUGUGUUGAGCAGACGGUAAAGAAAAUGUCGUAUUGUGUGGCGAACCUAACAGUAAAUGAGGCGCUAGGUGUGUGUCGCUGUACCGGCAACUCCACGUUCGACACCAGUCUGUAUGAGGCUGGGUUCAAUUGCACCAACACCACAUACCAAGGCGAUUCACCCAUCCCUGUAGCGCAAUUCUACUUCGACCGUGAUGUACUUAAUAAGGCCCCCACUUUAAGCAACGACAACAUUGGCGCCCCCAUGUGGAAGCUUGCACUUUGUCUCCUCAUGUCAUGGAUAAUUGUCGUCCUCUGCUUAAUCAAGGGAGUUAAGUCUUCAGGCAAGGUCGUGUAUUUUACUGCCACAUUUCCUUAUGUAAUCCUACUGAUCUUGUUGGUCCGCGGAGCAACCUUGGACGGAGCCAUCGACGGAGUGAUUUAUUUCAUCGUUCCCAAAUGGGAAAAGUUGCUAGAUGUCAAUGUCUGGGUUGCAGCAGCUGGUCAGAUGUUCUUCUCCCUCAGUGUGUCUUUUGGUGGCAUCAUCAUGUUUGGGAGUUAUAAUAAAUUCAGCAAUAACGUGUAUGGUGACGCCAUGUUGAUCGCCGUGAUGGACAUUGUAACCAGUAUCAUCGCCGGGUUCGUCAUUUUUACCACAUUUGGUGGGAUGGCUAAGGAGAUCGGGGUUGGCGUCGAGGACGUUGCAAAAUCAGGAUACGGUCUUGCAUUUGUCGCCUAUCCUGAGGCGCUGUCCAACCUGCCGCCAUCCCAGCUGUGGUCCGUCCUCUUCUUCUUUAUGUUGUUCACCCUCGGUCUAGACAGUGAGUUCGCUCUUUUGGAGACUGUACUGACCUGUAUCCAGGACGAAUUCCCCCACCUCAGGAAAUACAAAAGUCAGAUGUGUGUCGGCCUCGGUAUCAUCCUGUUCUUCCUCGCUUUACCAUGUGUCACACCUGCCGGAGACUACAUCGUGGGAUUAAUGGAUCACUACGGAGCUGACUUCUCGGUACUAUUCGUCGCUGCCUGCGAGUGUAUUGCCGUUAUGUGGGUAUAUGGGGCUCAGAAAUUCAUGAAGAAUGUAGAAUAUAUGUUGGGCUAUCCUCCACGCCCCAAAGUUUACUGGCUCUUCUGUUGGAUCGGAUGUUCCCCCAUCCUGAUCGGGGCUUUGUUUAUAUACCGGAUGGUACAAUACAAACCUAUUGAGAUGUCCGAGGACGUACCAUAUCCUCAGUACGCCCAAUCGAUAGGCUGGGUACUCACCUGCUUCGUCAUGUGUCCUAUCCCCAUCUACUUUGUGUACAAGUUCCUCCGCACGGAAGGUUCAAUCGUAGAAAGACUACGCAAGAUAACAACCCCGACAGAGGAUUGGGGCCCUAAUGAUGGCAGUGAUAAGAUUAAAAUGUAUCAACCAGAACCACCAAGGAAGUAUGGUGUAGACAACCCUACAUCAACGCAUAUGUGAUGAAACUAGUAUCUAGUUCAAAGACAUUUACAAUUUACCAUUACCUUUAGAAUGUUUUACCUGUGUAUGCUGCAUUGAGUGAAUAUGCCGGCUGCAUCAUUGUAUGUCAAAGGAGGCGACUAUUCACUGGCAUCAUAUCCGGGUCGAGAGCGAUGUUUUCUAUGUCUGAUUAUAUGAAGAUUGACAUUGGAUUGACUUAGAAUAAUCCCCAUUUUAUCUUGUCAAUUAUUGACCGUUGGUCCCCACUACAUCCCUGUAGAACCGGGAUGCUCUCCCUUGCCUACUUUGAAACACUUACAUCCAUACAGGGCAUCCAGUAGACCCUUGAGAGUAUGUUUUUGACUCCCCAAAUUGUGAUCUGACUCUUGGGUUUGAAGGGACAUGUCUCUUUGACAUAUGUUUUGACCCUUCAGAUUUCACAGAAAUAGUUAUUUGACUUCUGAAAUUGCUAAAAGUCAAGGGUCAACUGGAUGCCCUGCCAUUUCUGCAUAUUUUUUGGCAACCUAUACGUCAAUAAGUCGAAUAUAUAUUGAGAAAAGAAUAUGAAUUGUCUGGAAUACUUUUACCUGCUCAAUCGGUCGAUACGUUGUACAAUACCUUAUAUUUAUUCCUGAUCCUCUGUCACCUUACCCACUUAAAAUUUCACUGAGGGAUUUCAUAUAAAUUGCAGCAUUGUUUGUCAAAUGUCAACAUUUAGGUUGAGUUCUGAUAUGUCAUGAAAACACUAACAAAAAGCCAAAAUGUUCAUGGAGAAAUCGAAGUCUAUAAAUCUAUCUGAAUUUGGUUCACGUAUAUUUGACACUAUUGUAAUAAAAACAUCCUGUGAUGUAAUUUAUGAUUUGUAUAGUUUCAUGCACCAUUUCCUCUGAUACUUUGACUACGCUGAAAUAUGCUGCAGUAUGUUUGCAUGUAAACCCUAUUUAAUCAACUUACAACCAAGACAAACAUAUAAACCGUGGACUGUAAAUGAACCUAAAUCGAGGCUUGAUAUGUUUGAGAUUCGUCUGAUAAUUAAGUCCUGAUUAAGUUGAAAAAGGAAACAAACAAACAAACAAAACAUUUCUUUAAUUUUAGUUUUAACGUUAAGUUGAUGUUUUAUGUCCGAUCUAUAUAUAUUUAUUGAUAACGAAACGGUCUCCCAAGACGACUUACUCUAACGAUUAUGCGUUACAAAAGCAUCAUUCAAGUUUUUUUUUUUUUUUUUUUGUCUUUAAUAAAUAAUAAAUCAGGAAAUCAUCAAUCGUUUCAAAUUAUUCUUUUUAGAAAACUUUGAAAUUACAUAUUUUAGAGGUAAAUUUUCAUACUAUUAUUUUACAAUCACAUUUUACAGUUGCAUAUGAUUAUAAUGUACAAGUGUUACAAAUCAAAACAUUGUUGCACAAUUUUAUUUUGGGCAUUUACGCGAUUCACAAAAAAGUAUUUAACAUCUGUGGUUCUAAAUAUGUAUUGUUAAUCAUCAGUGUUUUUGUAUAUAAUAUAUGAAAAAGCGACAUUAUUUGUGUUUGAAAAAACAAAGUUUCAAAGGCAUUUGAGGGUAUAGAUGUUUAUUAAUUGUUUCAUAAAAAUAAGAACUCAUAUCGGCAGAAGACAUUUGUAUUUGUAGUCAAUAAAAUUAUAUUUGAUUGAUUUUAUGCUGAUGCGAAUCGACACCUAUGAGGAUAAAAAGGUGUUAAUACUUUCACUUUUAACCAGUCAUGCAAUAUAUCAUGCAUCGAAAUUUGCAUUUCAUCUCAUUUUAUAAAACCUAUUUUUCAUUGUUUAUUUUGUAUGUAUAGAAUAUAUAUUAAAAGUUAAAAUCUU